CGUGGAAGAUCCGUCCCAAGGGCAACUCCACCCCUGGGCGGGCUGCGGCUACGGGACCAACUCGCUCCAGCUUCGGCCAGUCAGUCCUCAGCCUCCGUUGUGCCAAAAGAUCGCCGUGCUCUCCUGCAGGACGCCAUGGAGGGGAGACUAAUCUGUGCCUUAUUGCUAUGCGCCGUGGCAGGCACGCGCGGGUGUGGGCGGAGCAGCACCACCACGACCAUCCCGCCCGCCGUCGAGCCCGAGAUAAUUGCAGUCACGGCCGCGGGACCUUCGGAAGCGGGUAGCAGGCCCGGAGGUUCCCGCGUCAGCCUCCUCACCAAAGCGGAACUCCACACGCUCUCUGAGGAGCUGCUUCGCGUGGACACGGGCGUCCAGCAGCCCACCCUCAACGAGCAGGGCAAGACUUCCGGCGCCGCAACGAGGGACUUGGCGGCAAACCCAUUAUUCGGCAGCGUCCCUGCGGCUACUAUGGACAAAGAGACGGUAAGACUGAUGCAAAGCCUCCUGGACAACUACGAACCCCAAGUCACCAGUCGAGAGGUAUAUACCAACGCCGAGAAGAGUGAGGAAGAUCAGUUCCUCGACGCCCUCAUGAGGACAGCGGUCAUGCAGACCCUCGAGAGGAACCUCAAGCGCAAAAACAUCAUCAGCGGCAGCCUCCGGACGACGCUGAAGGACAUCUGGUUCACUCAGUACAAGCGCGGAGGGAGCAGGGUCAGCUCCUCAGGGUUCGAGCACGUGUUCGUCGGCGAGCUGAAGGGUGGGAAGGUCGCCGGGCUGCACAACUGGCAGAAUUUCAGGAAGGAAGAGGAGGAGGGCGACCUGGAUUACAAGGGCUACAUCAGGCUCGUGGAUCUGAACGGGAAGGGUAAGAUCAUCAAGGUGCGCUUCGUGUGGCUGAACCAACCGAAACCCGUGGGCUCUAUCUUCGUGGGCGUGACGCCGGAACUCGAAAUGGCUCUCUACACCGCCUGCUUCUUGGCCAAACCCGACUCCAGAUGCCCCGUCAAGCUCAACAACAAGGAAUUCAACAUCCAGACUUGGUCUAUUAAGCUUCGGGGCAAGAGCGUCAUCGGCAGCGCCUAUCCUGAUAUCUAAGGGCUAGACUGGUCGUUGGAUAGUUCAUGGUGAAAUGGUUGUUUGAGGAUAGGUGAGGAGAGGGUGAAAUCUGUUGACAGGACGUUGCUGUGGUUUAUGGUCGGGUCUACGUGUGUCUUUCGAGUGUACGGAGGAUACAUGUGUGUCCGAUCUGUUAACAAUAAAUGGGCAUUUAUGAUUCUUUGUUAUGAAAAAGAUAGAGAUAUGUGACGGAUCUGUCUUACUUAAUAUCAUGAGAUUUGUAUGUCAAGUAAAUUAUAUUUACAUGUCAACAGAUAAGAGCAAAUCAUUGUAUGCAAAAAUCUUUAAUUGAUACACAGUUUGUACUUGUUUUUCGUAUGUAUAUAAAUUGUCUUUAUACCACUCACUUUGUUAAAUAAGAGCACAUUAUGUGAUUGUAAAACUGAUUAAAGUUUGACAGUAAUUCCAACUGAAA